AUGCAAUCGUGUGAUUUCUGCGGAUACGGCCCGGGCGAUAAUACCCACGGCGUCUCAUUCAAAUUCCCUUUAAAAGAGGAACAUCGUCGCCACUGGAUAGUGAAUAUGGGGAAGGACGCGGAAUGGACUCCAUCUGAAUCCUCGUCUCUGUGCUCCGCGCAUUUCACUCCGGAUUGCUUUGAAUCUGGAUCAGCGCGCUUACACUCAGACGCGAUUCCGACUCUAUUUAAUUUCACACAAUCUACGAAUCAGAUGCUAAAGGACACUGAAAAUCUCCCUCCACACCAAGGAGCACCAACUGAAUCCACCGAAUCAUCCAGAUCAUCCUGCUCUGACUGCUAUAAACGUCUGAAGGCCACAGAAAGAAAUUACCAGCUGAAAUUAGCUGCUGCUCAGCUUCAGAUAAAAGAGUACAAAAAGAAUCUAGUGGAGGAGUCACAGAAAGCAACACAAUGGCAGAAGCGAGCAAUAGUUUUGCAGAGCGCAAUCAGAGCAAUGAAACAAAGGGGGUCAAUACCUGCAUCAAGAAAAACAUCUAACGUUACACCUAAAAAUAAUCAUUUGGACUGA